CGUCAAAGAUGGCCUACUUGGUGUUAAAGUUGGCAAAAAGCUUUGCAAAGAGCUUGGCUCCUUCGAAGGGGAAAGAGUGGGUAGUGCAGUCAACGACACAGAAGGCAGAGAAGUUGGCCCUGAGCCCUGCCCUGAGCCCAGAGAAGUUGGCCCUGAGCUAGGUAAUGGAGGGAUACUUGGACCGGGGGUUGGUUCUGAACUGGGUUCAUUACUUGGUAGAAGUUCAACUGCAAAAACUACCAAACCUUUUGCUUCUAAUGCACCUUUAAAACCACCUUCGUUAACACCAUUUUCAGCUUGACCUAUUGCUUCAUCUGGUUUUAUUCUGGUGAAUGGCGGAGCUUUGACUGUCAUCACACAUCCGAAGCAUACUUUUCCGGGAACAUCAAACUGUACUAUAACAGAGCAGGAUACUGGAAAGCAAACAGUAACAACUUCAAUGAACUCCAGAAGAGCUGCGAUGCUUGGUGCUACCUUCAACGAUGUCUUUGUUGCGGCUGCCCUAGCUGCUGCUGUAGCUUCAGCUUCAAGAGAUGCCGUAGCGAUGUCAAUAAUCGUAUCAGUCAUAACUUCUGUAUAGGCAGCCUCAACUUCUUCGAUUGUUGUACCCGGUUCAAAUGCACUAUUUGUAACAGAAGUAAAGGCUGGUGUCCCAGUGGGCAUUGCUGAAGGUGCUGUCGAUGGAAGGAGAGUGGGAAAGGUGGAUGGAAUUGAUGUAGGGCUUGAGGAUGGCGAACUUGUAGGUGCGAACGUUUCACCUUCAAAGGUUGGCCUCUGACUUAUGCUUGGUUGAGGACUAGGCUCCGUACUUGGCCGUGAGGUAGGCAACGAAGUCGGCUCUGGUGUUGGGACUGAGCUUGGAGAGGGUGUUGGGACUGAGCUAGGAGAGGAACUGUGAGUUAGCAUGAAAGUAGGUCUCAAACUUGGACUUUCACUAUGCGAUGGAGCUACUGUUGGACUUUCGCUUGGAAACUCGAAGCAGGCGCCGCAUUUUACUGGGCAGCGUUGGAACACACGCUCUCCGUUGUCUGUCUUUCUCUUGCAGUGACGCUUUUUUUUGAUCUUCUCACACCGCAAUUUCCUCAACGUAUUAUUCUUCUUCCUGGUCUUGUACGUGACAUUGGUUGAGUCUCUGCACAAACAUUGCAAAUUGCAGGCAGAAGGGCAGUGUUCUUUGACUCUCUUCUUCGACUUUCUAUCCUUCUUCCAGCAUCUUUUGUUUGGCUUUUUUUUCACCCAUUCACAAUUCUUUCUGGGCUUGCCUCUAAAUUUGUAAUUGGGUUCAUCAGAGAAACAAAAUUUCUCUGCUUGAGAUGCUUUUGCAGAGCGAUCCUUGCAUUCAGAUUUGCAUACUAGCGGACAAUAGUGUGAAACCUUCUUCUGUGUCACGAAAUCCGUCUUGCGGCAUCUUCUCCUCGUCUGUUCCUUCGCAGCCCAAGCGCAAUCUUUGUCCUUUUGGCCAUCGAGAAAGAACGUGUGAUCAUCUGUACAACCGAUGCUAUGACUGUUUGCACUGACAGCUUGAGGGAGGUUCAGAAUCCCCCCUUUAUUGGAGAAGACAGUGAAUAGACAUAUGAGUGCGACUUUCAUGGCUGUAGAUGUGUAACGGAAAAAGUUAUGAGCAACGAUUGAUUGUGUGAGAGAGGUAUUCUAGAAGGUACUGAAUGUGUUGGCUAGCUCCCACGAUGCCAUCACUGCCUGCAGGGCCGAUGCGAUCCUUAUCGAAACCCGCAAAGACUAAUCUGAGUACCGAUCCAGGCAAAAUGAAGUCAUGGGGCACGCCGAUGAUAUCUUCCGGGGAGUCGACGCCGAAAAUCAAUAUUAGGAACUGCCACGAGCACCAAUCAUCGCCUAGAAGAAUGCCACCCUUCCCGUCAACCAGAUUGAUUGGGCACUCGCAUUUCGAAUACGAUGCCUACGGAUCUCGAAUCAUCCACCAUCUUUUGAUUUUCCUCGGUUCCAUCGUUGCCGUUCAGGACAUCAGCGAAGACCUCGUGAUUCAGAGCUUCUGCAUAUCAAUUAUAACAGUGAAUAUCCAAGCGUUUGCCAUCUCGAGUGCAAUAGAGACAAAACUAAGGGUGCGUCUGAUUUCGAAUAGAUAUCCCGCGAUGUCGUGGCCAGGAAGCCAUUAUCGGUUUCUGAUGUUGUCGAUCAGGAGACUUCGGGACCCGCCUCCUACAGCGAAGAAGAGACCAGCUCGGCCUCCCAAGAGUUCUUCACAUCCCAGAUGGUGAUCUAGAUUGAAAUUAUUUUACGUACCUUAUGAGUGUCACUGUUUCAGGUUAUGAAAAAUAUUCAAUGGAGUCUUUCGUCGAUCUUGGACUUGGGCAAUGGCGGUGGUUGUAUUAGACAUUUAUUGUUUGGCUUCCUUUUGAUCGAAAGCAGAAUUAUGAGAAUUCGGUGGGAAUUCAAAGCUGGCGCAGAAAGCUCCGUGAAACUACACUGUCUGAGUACGCCAAACAUAUUCUGACAAAAUCAAUGGAGGGAAAGCGCAAUAUGGCACGUACUAGUAUCACACCAACAGGUGGCUGACUAGAUUCAAAGAUCGCAAAGAUCGCAGAAGCAUUGUGUCACGGAACCGAAGUAUCUAUCAGACUGUUCUUCGAAGCAUUCGGCAACCAGAUUUUAAAAUUCGACUGUCACGCCAUCACUUCACUUCGAAGAAUCUAUCAGAAUGUUCGUAGAAUUCUGCUUCCGAAUGAUGGAAUUUCAUCCAUUUAAUUUAUCAGUGUGGUGUCUUUCGAAUCGUUCCAAUGAAUUCUAGACGAAGGUUCUGACCCGCACUUAAACAUAUUUCACUUGAACACUGCAGAUGUUUGUAUUCACUGCUUCAUGAGAUGUUUUAUUCUGACGGGAGCUUAAAGAAGACUCUUUCUUGGCACAAGACAACGGAAAAUUUGGUCCAUCAAGAUCAAACUAGAUAAGUAGUCUCGAGAACCGUUGAGAAUGAAUGGAAUUUGGUCUUCCUUGUCAGAACAAUUCAGAUCCCAGGGGAAUUUUCGACUUAAUGCGCUGACCAGUUUUUUCAAUCCAGUUCUAUCAUUUUCAAACCAAGGUUCUGAAUCACACUUAACAUUGCCAAUGUUAAAGGGCUAUUAACUGUCUCAUCAAUCAAUGACCAGUAGAGAAUCACAUUUUUUCAAUGGUUCGAAAGGUAUUUCCAUGUGCCAGAAGUUCGCAUAAAUUCUUUUGUCUUGCUUUGUUACGGGAAAAUACAUUAUUGUUCACACUCGACAUUAGAUACGUCGAAAGAAGUUUUCGUUUCUAGGGAUCAAACUAGAUAAGUAGUAGUGAGAAUCAUUCUUCGGAAUUCUCGAUCUGUUCUUGUACGUAAAAAUUUGGCGAUCCAAUCUUCAAUCGAGCAUUCCGACUCGCACUUAACAAAUUUCAGUUUAAGGACCUACAGGUUUGCACAUCGAAUUUCAAGGUUUCAUCAUAUCACCAAGUGUUUUAACGUGCCUAGAUCUCUCUGGAGCCGUAGGAAGUAGAGCAACUAUUGCGGGCAUGCGCGCACUGAGCGUGUAAUUAACGACGUCGGUCGUCAUUCUUUUGUUCGAAGUACUAAUUUACAAUUCAAUUCUUUAUUUAUUCAAAUUUCUUUUUCUUUUCCGCCAAUGGAGAGAAACAAGAACAGUGAUGAUGAUCUUUUUGACAGCAAGUACGAGUUACUGGUACGAAUAACGUGUUGCCCAAUAAUACCAUUUGGCCUUCAGGUUUAAAAGGCCUCAYUCUGCUCCAAGUAGUAAAGUAGAAAGAAACGAAAAUUCUUCUGGGAAAAUACUCGAGUCGGUAAAGCCUUGGUUCUGCGACCGAGUGGAAAGGAGCAGGAAAGCAAGCUACUCAGGUGUAACCUUGUAAUUGCUUAUGAUGGUAAUGGGCCGAGGUAAGGUUGUUGUUGCUCAUGACCUGCGAAUAUAUUGUCUCUAGCUAG